AUGAUGGGUCGAGUUUCUGCUGGACCUUUGCCCCUGCAGCGUGCUCGUGAGAAACUUUCCAGCCUGCAGAGCGGCCCUUCUACUCCGACAAGUAGCCUUCGAACCACAACGAAUCGAUCGGGUUCGCCCCCUUCUCCUACGGCUUCUUCCAACACUUCUAGGCAGGAUGGUGCUGAGGAGCCGCGUGGAGAGGGACCUGGUGUGGAGGCGAGAACUCCAAAAGUACUCUGGGCAGCCACUCCAACCCCGAAGGCCACUGAUGCCGCAUACAGCUUUGCCUUGCCACCUGUCGACUCUACAGCGGUGGCACCUUUGUCUGCGUGCCUGAACGCAGAUGCAAAGGUCUUCGUACCAGUGGUUCAGCAAUGCGGGAACAGUGCCAGAGCAGCACGUGCGCUGAUGCCGGAGGAUCUGCCUGUGAAACCGAGCCACCACAAGGAGUAUGGCUCGGAGCACCUAGAAGCCCAAGCAGUCAUGAUGGCAGAGUCGGUUUUGGGCCUUGAUUCAGAAGGAGCGCUUGCACCGACUCCGGACACCGGCAACAACAGCAACACCAGCAACGCCGGCAACACCGGCAACACCGGCAACACCGGCAACAGCGGCAACAGCGGCAAGCAAGAGCCAGUUCAACCGACAGGACCGGUCCCGUCGAAAGGCUCGGCUCUACACAGUUCUGGCCAGUGCCGCCCGUGUGCUUGGAUGUGGAAGCCCAAGGGGUGCCAGAAUGCCGAGAAUUGCGAGUACUGCCAUCUAUGCCCCGAAGGAGAGUUGAAGCACCGCAAGAAGAUCAAAAUCGCUGCAAUUCGCAUGGGAGCCCUGGGGCCAUCCUCCCAGGAGAGGGCUGGAAAGGCAGCACCUCGAAGAGAUUUGAAGCUCUCGUCUCUGCUAUGA